AUGAAUCUGACGUUUCUUCCGCGGCUAUACACAGAGAGCAGAAGUCAAAAUUGUAAACAGACAGUUCACAAUGGCGGCCCUCAACGAAUAUUUAAGUCCGAUAUCAGCCUCUUGUGACCGAACGAAGCGGGUCGCAAAGAGAACUUUAUGUAACUGUUAACUCAAUGUAAAAUUGAAUAUUAUUUUUUCCGGUGAUUUAAAAUCUUGAAUAGAAUUAAAAAUCGUAUUUACGCGAAAAAUACUGUUAAUUAUUAGAACUCCUUGUCGAUAUAAUGGAAGUCGAUGGGCAUAGUAAGAACAAUAUCCGUCUAUUGGAAAUUUCUCCAAACGCUCCACACGGGCCGCCCUCAAAAAUGCCACGUGAAGACGUGGUAGCACUCGCUCAACAGUUACAUGAGGCAAACAACUUUGUUCAAGCUAAUGCAUGCAACAAAUUGAAACCUAUUGUAGACCAGAUGAAAUUUCUUCGGCAGCAAGCGAUUUCGGUUCUGGAAUCGGCUCAACGAGAUCAGAAACUGCAUGAAGUCCAAUGUAGCUUUCGAAAGGCACCGGGCCAAAUUUAUCAUUUAUAUGAAAAAUCAACAGGAAAACAGUACUUCUCAAUGCUUAGCCCACAGGAAUGGGGUAGCCAGGCUCCAGACCAGAAGCACAUCGGCUCUUUUCGCCUAGAAGCUGACCAAUCUUGGACCCCUGAGUAUGAGAUUACCCGCCGGGAUCAAGAUAUUUUGACGUUACGCAAUCUCAUGGCGGCCGGGCAAGCAGCGACUUCGACUGGUGCUGGUAGCCUAUGUCUACAACAAGGCAGUCCACAUUUAUCACUUCCCGCCUCGGCAUUCGUCUCGAUGAUGGACGCGAACUCAUGGAACUCUACAUCAAAAGUCGAAAGCGGCUAAGCGAAAGAAAUCACCUCGCUUCCUGGACAUUUUUUCAUUUCUCUAGAUUCACAAAAUUCAGAAGAUGAGACUGACCUAGCCAACUUUAAUUAACGACAGGCAUAUUUUCCAGUCUAGUGUAGUGAACAUAAAGGCUAGAAAGAAAAAUGAGUUAAGCUUAUUCUUUUCUUACAAGUUAUCGCCUUAUUAGCUGCCAGCCCAGUGUAUAAAUCGUAUCUAUAGAACAUUUACAACAAGUGCAAUGCCUGAAAGCAGCAAAUAUGGUACGUACAUGAGAAACAACCACUCAGUAAGCAGCUCGGCGCAAUAAGGAGCAUCCGAGCACAGAGAACUCAGUAAGUACAUUUUGUUUUGUUGUGUACCGAAGAGAACAAUAAAAAACUGUUGUUGUUAA